GCCCCCGCACUGCUCACUCCCGCGCUGCGCCGGCCCCGCAGUCUCCUCCCGGUCCAGCGCUCCUGCUCGUAGACGACUUCCCCGGUGCAGACAUGGCCUCGGGUGCCGCCUGCGCGCCAGUGAAGAUUGGAAUAAUUGGUGGAACAGGCUUGGAUGAUCCAGAAAUUUUAGAAGGAAGAACUGAGAAAUAUGUGGAUACUCCAUUUGGCAAGCCAUCUGACGCCUUAAUUUUGGGGAAGAUAAAAAAUGUUGAUUGUGUGCUUCUUGCAAGACAUGGGAGACAGCAUACCAUCAUGCCUUCAAAAGUCAACUACCAGGCAAACAUCUGGGCUCUGAAGGAAGAAGGUUGUACACAUGUCCUAGUGACCACAGCUUGCGGGUCCUUGAGAGAGGAGAUCCAGCCUGGUGACAUGAUCAUCAUCGAUCAGUUCAUUGACAGGACAUCCCUAAGGCCUCAGACCUUCUAUGAUGGCAGUCACUGCAGCGCCAGAGGGGUGUGCCAUAUCCCAAUGGCUGAACCGUUUUGCCCCAAGACAAGAGAGGUCCUCAUAGAAACAGCCAAGAAGCUUGGUCUUCGAUGCCAUUCCAAGGGGACAAUAGUCACAAUUGAGGGGCCUCGUUUCAGCUCUCGGGCAGAAAGCUUUGUAUUCCGUACUUGGGGUGCAGAUGUUAUCAAUAUGACUACAGUUCCAGAGGUGGUGCUUGCCAAGGAGGCUGGGAUUUGCUAUGCAAGCAUUGCCAUGGCAACCGAUUAUGAUUGUUGGAAGGAACAUGAAGAAGCAGUGUCAGUGGAUGGGGUUUUAAAGACCAUGAAAGAAAAUGCCAACAAAGCCAAAAGCUUACUCCUUACUACCAUACCCCAAAUAGGGUCGAUGGAAUGGUCAGAAACGCUCCGAAAUCUGAAGAAUAUGGCCCAGUGUUCUGUUUUACCACCAAGACAUUAACACAGCAUGGCUGCCACAAGGAGACUUAUGACUUCUAGUCUUUGGGGGACUUUUGCUUAAACAAAAAAUGGGAAAGUUAUGCGGCCUUCGUGCCUUUGCCUGGAAAGAGCAUGUGGUAAGAGAGAGAUGGUGCACUCCACCAGGAUACCAACUCCUCCAGAACCUGGAAGGAAAGCAGUACCUGCAGGAAUGUAAGCCCAAAACCUUGUCAAUCAUUUCUCCUAUUUAACUGACAACAAAGGCUGGUGAGAACAUCUCUUCCCCUACACUGCUAACGAAUGGGACUGUGUGCUUUGUAUAUUGGCGCUGUCUUUCCGGAAGGCAAUUUGAUACAAUGCAUCUGAGGCUGAAAAUUACUGGAUGCACUUUGGU